UUACGGUUUGGAUUUCAUACGAGAAGGAGUCUCGAGCAGACGAAAAGAGUUAAAAUGCGGUAUUUUUUGAUUGCUGCUGCGAUUUUCAAUUUCAUCGACGUUGCUCAGGGGAAGAUUCGAUGCUUCGAUACAAUAACUCAGAUGGUAUACUUUGACAUUUCCAUCAGUCCAAUGAACAAUCAGCAAUGGAACCCUCAGCAACCUCAGGUUAGAACUCCACCUGUUCAGAAUACAAGCCGUAUUGUUAUUGGUCUAUUUGGAGACACGGUUCCAAUAACUACCAGAAAUUUUGCUGCAUUAGCAACUGGAGAAUAUGGAUUUGGUUAUGAAGGCAGCAAAUUCCACAGGAUUGUCAAAGACUUUAUCAUUCAAGGAGGAGACUUUGAAAAUGGUGACGGAACAGGAGGAAAAAGUAUUUAUGUUGGAGACAGCUUUUUGGAUGAGAACUUCGAUAUAAAACACUAUGGUCCUGGCUUUGUUAGCAUGGCUAAUGCAGGUCCAAACACCAAUAAAUCCCAAUUCUUCAUCCAGAUGGCCAACCAUGCAAAUGCUACACAUUUAGAUGGUCUACAUGUAGUGUUUGGAAAAGUGUUGGAUGGAAUGGAUACUGUGCGAAAAAUCAAUGAGCUACCUGUGGACCAGAAUUCCAGACCUUACCAAGAUGUUACCAUUGUCAAAAGUGGAAUCUUGCAUCAAGAAUAUGAGGUCUUUACAGAAAUGAUACCCAGUAGAUAAACUAUUUUUACUGGGAGUCCAUCAGGACAUCUCAAAAUAUCUGUUGGUGAACUUGUUAUAUACAUGUACACUGUAGAUAAAUGUUUGCUCAUUUUGAUCUGGUGAGAGACACAGUAGCUUGAUCUUAAACUUGGGACAUUUGAAUUGACCGAGAUAAUCAUAUUCACAAGUACUCUGUUUUCCAGGUAUGUGUGUCUCCAAAUGUUUUUCCCAUUUAUUACUAAAAAGGAAAUAUAAAUAUCUAUCAUUUAUACUAUAAGAAGAGUGACGUUUUGUUUAAUCAUUUAGAAAUAAUGGGAUUUACUGUCCCCUGGGGAUAGAAUAUUCCCAAAUUGAAGACAAAUCAUGUACACUCAAAUUUUUGUCACUUUUGUGACUUAUUUAAUGUAUGAAGUUUUGUGUGGUUUAUUUUGUACAGAAUUAAUUUAAUUGGUAUGCUUACUUAAAUAUUGUUGACUUAAUUAAGAAUAGUGACUUUGUGAAAAGCAAUGCUGGAACAUUUGCAAAUAUAUACUGUGACCUUAAUAUUUAAACUGUAGAUUUACAAAUUAUCAUGUGGGAUAUUUUUUUCUAGAAUGUACUAUUAAUAUAAAAUAAAGUUUACAUAUUAAAAGAUGAUUAUGAGAGAUAAGCAAGAUUCUCAAUUAUUUUGUGGAUAAUUUAAUUGUCUUUUUAUUACAAAAGUGGUUUUCCUAUGGUGUAAAUGAGAGAGGUUCUGAUAUUCAAAUUUUUAUACAAACCUUUAUGUAAAUAAGAAAAACAUAAAAACAUAUACUAGACAAAUACAUUCUGUCAAAGUCAUAUCUUCUCUGAAAUUAAUUUACUGUCUAUGUGUGUCAUCUUCAUGCAAAUAAUGUCACAAAAUCUUGCAUGACAUAACCAAAGCAGUUUUGGCAGGAUAUUUUACACAUGUGAAGAUAAUUUGUUUCCUUCAUCGUUACAUACUAAGAAAAAAAAUUAAGGUUGAAAUGAGUAGCACAAUUCUUUUUUUUACUGAAACUUAUGAGAUUCUGAAAUGGCUAGCUAGAGAUAACUUAAUAUUUUAGUUGACUGCAGAGUAUUUUAUGUAAGGUGUGUUGAACAUUAUAAAAUGUGUUAUUCUUUAAGGAUUUUUUUUUUUGUCUAAAGGCUUUAAUCAACUAGACUUUUAUACCAAAUUGAUCUUGGUUUGAGGUUUAUAUUAUGUGAAGUUGAAUGUUUUGUUUUUUAAAUAAUAAUGUAAUGAUAAUUUUUGAUUUCUUAAUAUAACUAACUAAAUAUAAAACAUGAUUUUGCUAUUUUUUUCAGAUUUUACACUCUAAAAUUUAUUUCACCCAAGAAGAAGAUAUCUUGCAUAAUUAUAGUAUAGUUGUAUUAACACAAGAGCAUACCAUAUCAAGAAAUUACAGAAUAAUGUUAUUACAUGGACUUGCUUUUGAUUUGUAAAUAUAUGCAACUUUUUUAUACAGAGUGCUGUAAUUAAAAAUACAGCUUUCAACUGCAAAAAUGUGCCAAACACAAGGGUUUGCAUUUUGAACCUUAAGGAACAUUACCUGAGCUUUAUUUGUAUGGUCUGUAAAUACCAGUUCAGCAUCAAGACUGAUUAUGGAGACUUAAGAUUUAUGAGAGAAAGUUGGAUUAAUUGACACUGAAAGCAUUUUUCAAUUCAUUGCAUUUAAUUACCAUUCUUUAAAAAGAGAUUUAAGAAGAAAAAAUAAUUGAAUUCAUUUAUCAUUUUUAAGACCUGAAAGGGAACUUGAGAUGAAUUGCACUCAGUUGACUUACAGUACAAAUAUAGAUUAUAAGUGAAAUCAAAUUAGACCAUUAUUUUAUUUACUUUUUCUUCUAAUUAAAUUCGUGUUUAUUUGUAGUUGAUUUUUGAUCAUGUAAGAUUACUUCAUUUUUAGUAUGAAUUUCAUCCCUAUUAAAAAUAAUCUUUAUAUUGA